CAGAGCCGCUCCCCGUGACGUCGCGGCGGGCUCUGAACAACACUCCUCACUGCCGGGUUCAUAACUGGAAACCAGCAGAGCAGCUCCAGGAAGACUUUGACGCAGCAGCCAUGUACCUGUAUCUCUUGGGGCUGGUGGUUUUCUACUACCUGUACCGCUGGUUUAGGGAGCAGCCCCGUGUCCCCGACAAGGGCAGCAAGUAUGUGUACAUCACAGGCUGCGACACCGGCUUCGGCAACCUCCUGGCCCGCCAUCUGGACGAGAUUGGGUUCAGGGUGAUCGCCUCGUGUUUCAGCGAGAAGGGAGAAGAGGGUCUGAGGAAGUCCUGCUCCAGCAACCUGAUCACAACACACCUCGAUGUCAGGUCCAAGGACAGCGUUGCCAAAGUUGCAGCGAUGAUCAAGGAGAAAGUGGGGGAGCGUGGCUUGUGGGCUGUGGUGAACAACGCCGGCGUUUCUGUCCCCUCUGGCCCGUGUGACUGGCUGACCAUCGACGACUACAAGUCCAUGCUGGACGUCAACCUGAACGGGGUGAUCGCGGUGACGCUGAGCGUCCUGCCGCUGAUCAAGAAGGCCAGGGGACGGGUGGUCAAUGUAGCCAGCGUGUUCGGGAGGAUCAGUGCGACAGGCGGCCCGUACACUAUCUCCAAGUACGGCGUGGAGGCCUUCAAUGACAGCCUCAGGUUAAAUAUGGCGCCCUUUGGAAUCAAAGUCCUCUGCAUCGAGCCGGGCUUCUUCAAAACAAAUGUGACCGACGUCACACUCCUGACCAAGAAUGUGCAGAUGCUGUGGGACAGACUGCCGCAGGACAUGAGGGAUGACUACGGAACUGAAUAUCUACAGAAGUCAUUAAAUUUAAUAACAGACAAAGUUGCCAAGAUCAGUGACGGGGAUCUGAUGAAGGUGGUCCGCUGUAUGGAGCACGCCGUAUCCGCCGUCCGGCCCCGAACCCGCUACUCCCCAGGCUGGGACGCCAAGCUGUUCUGGCUGCCGCUGUCAUACAUGCCAACCUGUGUCUCCGAUUAUGUCCUGAACAAAGAAGCCAUUCCUAUUGCCAUGCCGGAGCAAUGAAUUGUGCAAAUUUUUUAUAACCACGUGUGCACAUUUUUAUGCAAUUCCAGCAAUACAAAUUUGCCAGUGUAAUACUGAUAUCCUUGUCAUUGUCAAGGCCUUUUUCCUAUGAGAGUUUGUGUAGCUAAAAAGACAUUGACAUAAACAAUGCAAUUAACUAGUGUUAA